AUGCCCGCAUACACCGACUCGAUAUGCGUCUUUUGCGGCUCGUCGCCCGGCACCAAGCCCGAGUACAUGGCCGCUGCAGCUAGCGUCGGUCAUGCGAUCGCCAAGCGCAACUAUCGCCUCGUCUACGGCGGCGGCUCUCGCGGCUGCAUGAGCGGCGUCUCCCAGGCCGUAUUUGAGGCCGGCGGACACGUGCUUGGCGUCAUUCCGCAGGUCAUGGCCACAACCGUUCCCUCGGGCCACCCGGGCCAGAAACUCAACACCGUCGUUUCGAAAGAAGGCACGGGCCCUACCGUCCUCAACCCCGACGCCGGCACCGGCCAUGUGGAGACGGUGGUGGUGCAGUCCAUGCACGAGAGGAAGCAGCGCAUGGCUGCAGAGAGCAACCUCGGCUUCAUCGGCCUGCCCGGCGGAUACGGCACGUUUGAGGAGGUCAUGGAGAUGGUCACCUGGACCCAGCUCGGCAUCCACCGCAAACCCAUGGUGCUACUCAACGUCAACGGCUUCUACUCGCCCUUAAAGCAGCAGAUCCAGCUCGCUGUCGAGGAUGGCUUCAUCAGCGCCGCAGGUGCAGAGCUCGUCAGCUUUGUCGACUGCGACGCCUCCAACGUCGACGCAGCCGGAGAGGCGGUGCUGUCCGAAGCGGUGCGCCUGGCAAGCAACCUCGCUUCCAACGGAUCGGGAUACUGGGACUGGAACAAGCCCCAAGGUCCCGUCAGCACGGCAGAGGGAGGCAUCAUCGACAAUGCAGCCUCCAAGUCGAUCGCGCUCGCCGAGGGCGAGACGCUGGCGGUGCAGGUUUCCGACUUGACGUUCAGCUUCUAUCCGCACCUGCCGCCGUCGCUCGAGCGCUGCAACCUGCACCUCAAGCGCGGCUCGCGCUGCUUGCUCAUCGGCGCCAACGGUGCAGGCAAGUCGACGCUGCUGCGGCUGCUGGCGGGCAAGAAGCUGUGCGACUCCAAGGUGCGCGUCUUUGGCAAGGACGUCUUCCGCGAGAGUCCCUCGGGCGUCACCUACCUCGGCACCGAGUGGGCCAUGAACCCCGUGGUGCGCUCGGACAUUGUCGUGUCCACCUUCCUCGACUCGGUGGGCGGAUACCGCCACAAGGAGCGCCGCGAUCGGCUGCUCGAUAUUCUGGACGUCGAUCUCACCUGGCACAUGCAUGCCAUUUCCGACGGCGAGCGUCGUCGUGUCCAGCUGUGCAUGGGCCUCAUGGAGCCCUGGGACUUGCUGUUGCUGGACGAGGUGACGGUGGAUCUGGACGUGCAGGUUCGCGCCGAUCUGCUCGACUUCCUCCAGCUCGAAACCGAGGAGAGGGGCGCAACGAUCAUCUAUGCCACGCACAUCUUUGACGGUCUCCAGUCGUUCCCCACGCAUCUGGCGCACAUGCGGCUCGGAACUACCACCACCACCCUGCCUAUCGACUGGCCCGCUACCAACCCCGCCGAUGUGGCGGCACUGCCUCCCACCGCGAGCGCCGACAAGGACCGCGACCUCUCCCCGCUGCUCAAUGUUUCGCUCGCGUGGUUGAGGGAGGACAAGGUGGUGAGGGCCGAUGAGGAGGCGAAGAGGGGCAGGAAGCGAGGCGCAAACAGGCAGAACGAAACUACCGACUCGGAAAAGUUCUUCAGCAAGUACGACUACAUCGGUUGCCAAUCCCUUUUGUCCUCACCCACGAUGCGCAUCCUAUUUUCCUUGCUAGUUGUGGGCGUGGUAGUGGGGAUGGAGAUCGAGCCGGUCAUCGAAGGCGUCGACGUAGUUUGGAGUGGCGUCGGGCAUCCGCCUCGAGUAGCCAAUGUUGAUCCGGUUGCUUUCCCUCGAGCUCAAGGCUUCUUUGACCUCUGGACCGCCCUUCCUCCCCGCGAUGAGCCGCUUCCCGUUUCUGCCUACCCGCGUGUGGGCCAGAACGAGGCAGUGGCUCGGGACAGGUCAUCGCUGCGCGAGAUGAUCGAACAAAGCCCGUGGGUGGGCAAAAGCAUGCAGGAGGUGGGCGAAUCCUCGGCGCAGGGCGCGAGCAGGCAGGUAGGAAGGUUGUCCAAGCAGGGCACGAGGAGCAAGAAGAAAGGCUGUCUCGGCUGUUUUGGUUAG